GCCCCCAGAUUCGCGAGGUCGGAACCUCCGGCUAAAGCCCAGAGUUAGCCCGGCAGUCUCUAGGUACCCGCGCGGAUCAUCAGGAUUUCCAGGUCCGAGGUCCUUAUCUGUCGGCCCGGAGGGCUCGAGCUCUGAGAAGGAUGGAUCCUUUGGAUAUGUGGGACCUCUCCUCAUCUUUAAUAUCAUUAUGGAUAAACAGGUUUUACGUUUAUUUGGGCUUUGCCAUUGGCAUUAGUCUUUGGAUUUGUAUCCAGAUUGUUAUCAAGAAGCAGGACAGGAAUUCACGGGAGAAAUCUGUUCCAAAAGCAAGCCAGGAUUUGAUGACAAAUGGUUAUAUCUCCCUUCAAAAGAAGGAAAUCUUUGUGUCUGGAGUGAAGAUUUUCUAUGGUUCCCAAACUGGUACAGCAAAGGGAUUUGCAACAAUUCUUGCAGAAUCAGUUACCUCCCUAGAUCUGCCUGUGACAAUUAUUGAUCUGAAAGAAUAUGAUCCAGAUGAUCAUCUGGUAGAAGAGGUUACUAGUAAAAAUGUCUGUGUCUUCCUGGUUGCUACGUAUACUGAUGGCAAGCCAACUGAGAGUGCCGAGUGGUUCUGCAAAUGGUUAGAAGAAGCAGCCAGUGAUUUUCGAUUUGGCAGAACUUACCUGAAGGGUAUGAGAUAUGCAGUGUUUGGACUGGGAAAUUCUGCCUAUGCAAGCCACUUUAAUAAGGUUGGUAAAAAUGUUGAUAAGUGGCUCUGGAUGCUUGGUGCUCACCGUGUGGUGACUCGAGGGGAAGGCGACUGUAAUGUGGUCGGAAGCAAACAUGGCAGCAUUGAAGCUGAUUUCAGAGCUUGGAAGACCAAGUUCAUCUACCAGCUGCAGGUUCUCCUUAGGGGAGAGAAAAAAAAAUCCUGUAGUGGCAGCUGCAAAAAAGGCAAAUGCGAAUCUAAUCAUCAUGGCUCUGAGGCCCUGGAGCCAGGGUCUCACGUUCAAGAUGAAUUGCAUCCCAGAGACAUUGAGGAAGAAGAGCUCUGUGAGAGCACCAGUGAGGAUGAGUUUGGUACCGAGAAUCGUCAGGGCCUAAAUUCUCUUGUUGAUGUUGAGGAUCUUGGCAAAAUUAUGGAUCGCGUGAAGAAAGAAAAGAAAGAAAAGGAGCAGCAGGAAGAGAAAACUAGUUUGUUCAGGAACACAGAGAAGAAUGAAGAUGGUGAAAGAAGAGCUAUGAUAACUCCUGCUCUCCGAGAAGCCCUAACUAAGCAAGGUUAUCAGUUGAUUGGAAGCCACUCUGGGGUGAAGCUUUGCAGGUGGACAAAGUCGAUGCUUCGAGGGAGAGGAGGGUGCUAUAAACAUACAUUCUAUGGCAUUGAAAGCCAUCGCUGCAUGGAAACCACUCCGAGCUUGGCAUGUGCAAAUAAAUGCGUCUUUUGUUGGCGGCACCACACCAAUCCAGUGGGCACUGAAUGGCGGUGGAAGAUGGACCAGCCUGAACUGAUCUUAAAGGAAGCCAUCGAAAACCAUCAGAACAUGAUUAAGCAGUUUAAAGGGGUACCAGGUGUCCAAGCAGAGCGCUUUGAAGAAGGGAUGACAGUAAAGCACUGCGCUUUGUCCCUUGUGGGAGAACCAAUAAUGUACCCAGAGAUCAACAGGUUUUUGAAGCUACUCCACCAGUGUAAAAUCUCCAGUUUCCUGGUCACCAAUGCACAGUUCCCCGUGGAAAUCAGAACCCUUGAGCCUGUUACUCAGCUCUAUGUCAGUGUGGAUGCUAGCACCAAAGAUGGCCUGAAGAAAAUUGACCGCCCACUCUUCAAGGAUUUCUGGCAAAGAUUUCUAGACAGUUUAAAAGCCUUGGCAGCAAAGCAACAACGGACAGUGUACAGACUGACACUGGUGAAAGCUUGGAAUGUGGAUGAGCUCCAGGCGUAUGCCCAGCUUGUGGCCCUGGGGAAUCCUGACUUCAUUGAAGUAAAGGGUGUUACCUACUGUGGAGAAAGUUCAGCAAGCAGUCUUACCAUGGCCAACGUGCCCUGGCAUGAGGAAGUGGUACGGUUUGUUAGCGAGUUGGUGGAUCUGAUCCCUGACUAUGAAAUUGCAUGUGAACACGAACAUUCCAAUUGCCUCCUGAUAGCGCACAAAAAGUUUAAGAUUGAUGGAGAAUGGUGGACGUGGAUCAAUUAUAACCGCUUCCAGGAACUCAUCCAGGAAUAUGAAGAUAGCAGUGGAUCAAAAACUUUCAGCACAAAGGAUUAUAUGGCCAAAACUCCUCCCUGGGCAUUAUUUGGUGCCAAGGAAAGAGGCUUUGAUCCCAAGGACACAAGAUAUCAGAGAAAGAACAGAUCAAAGGAUAUUUCUGGAUGUUGAGAUUAUCUGUCUUCAGGAAACUAAAGGACAAAACCCAGAUGGCCUCAGAAGGUUCUUCAAUAGUACCACAUUUGUUCCAGAGACAAAUUACACAGAUUACAUUUCAUGUAAAGGAGACUGACUGUAAGGCACAUGGGGAUACAGAGAUGGCAUCUACACUCGGAAUGCUUGGGACAAAGCCCCAACAUUUCUUUUCAGAACCCAGGUUGUGUCCUGAAUUUCCUUCUGAGAGGAAAAUUGUACGGUUUUUGGGGGUGGUGUGGGGGGGAGAAUAACACAGUUAUUCUAAGAAUAUAACUGGUAGUUUUGUGUUAUACUCAGUAAGCCUUGCUAGAAUGCUAUUCAUGAGACUGUUAUAAAAGAAAUAAAUAUCUGGGCUCUGUGGA